UCCGCAGCUGGGGCGUUGGUGCGAAUUGUCUCUUCCUGUGUGAACAUGGUGCGGACCAAAGCAAACUACGUCCCGGGAGCCUACAGAAAAGUGGUGGCUUCUCGAGCCCCCAGGAAGGUGCUUGGCUCCUCCACCUUUGUCACCAGUUCUUCAUCGUGUUCGUCGAGAAAAGCUGAAAAUAAGUAUGCAGGAGGGAAUCCAGUUUGUGUGCGCCCAACUCCAAAGUGGCAAAAAGGCAUUGGAGAAUUCUUCAGGCUGUCUCGUAAAGAUCCUGAAAAAGAGAACCAGGUUCCUGAGGAAGCAGGAUGCAGUGGCUUAGGAACAUCGAAAAGAAAAGCAUGUCCUUUGCAACCUGAUCACCCAGAUGACGAAAAUGAAUAGAACUUACUCAUCUGAAUAAUGUCUUCAGUUUACUUAGGUAUUCUGGGAUGUAAAUUUGGGUAGAUGUGUUUGUUUAUUUGACUUGUUGACUACGCAUUCAUGUAGCCAUUCAAAACAACUGGCUGU